AUGGAGAAUCUUCUCCGAUCGAAAGAGUACUGGACAAUGAUUGAAAAUGGAGUUCUUGCAGCUCCGGCGAAUGCAACGGCGGAACAACAACAACUUACAGAUGCAAAAACGAUAUUGAAACGUGACACUGCAAAAAAUAUAUGGGAUGCAAUGCGACGCAAGUAUCAAGGUUCAACCAAGGUAAAAUGUGCACAAUUGCAGUCCUUGAGGCGUGAAUUUGAGAUUCUUGAUAUGGAAGAAAGUGAGUCUGUCACUGAUUUCUUUGCAAGAACCCUCAAAGUUGCUAACAACAUGACUGCAAAUGGUGAAAUAAUGGAACAAGUGAUAGUAGUUGAAAAGAUUCUUAGGUAUAUGACUGAGAAAUUCAAUUACGUGGUGUGUUCCAUCACUGAAUCGAAUGAUGUGACUACUAUGUCUAUAGAUGAGUUACAAAGCAGUCUUCUUGUUCAUGAGAAAUUAAUAAAGGGGAAGAAGAAUCAUGGUGUCACUGUUGGUGAGGAACAAGCUCUCAAAGAUUCCAAUGCUGGUAGAGGGAGAGGUAGAAAUUCUUCCUCACGAGGAAGAGGGAGAGGAAGACAGAGUAAAGAUCUUGAAGAGUGCUACAAGUGUCAUAAGCUAGGACAUUAUUGGAAUGAGUGCCCUGAUUGA